GUCUCCAUUAUCGCCAUCAUGGGCAGCGUCUUCGUCUACCUGCUCUACAGAAGGUCCCAGAGGAAGAAGAUGAGGAACUUCAAUCAACAGCGUGGAGGAAGAGAAGAGUCCUGGUACAAUGAUCCAACGUACAGUGAGGCUGCUUACAGCCAGCCAGACAUACCUGCCGUUAUUACCCAGCCCGAGAAACCUGUACUGAAGACAACAGUUGACAGUGCCACAUAUACAGCGCCACAAGAAAUAACACCGGCGCCCUCAGCAACUACCGAAAGAGCGACGUCAUCAACUCCACCACCACUACCUUCUGCCCCACCGAGGCGGAACAGAAAACGUCAACAACCAGAAGACAUCGUCUACGACAAUGCUGACACGGAAGGUGACUACGCUAGCUUAUCGGACGUAUAUAACAACGCCAGUCUGAAGUAAACUGUGACGUCGUACCCGUCGGCGCGCCGCACACUUGUACAUCUCUUCCGUUAUGGCAGACAUUGGUGCGUCGUCCAUCGGUUUUAAUGUUGAAGCAUUUGUAGGGCAGCUUUAUUCAUACCCUGAUGUCACAUCACAAGUUGUGUUUAUAUCAUCGCCUGGACCGAGCGACAAGGAAAUGUAAACUUUAAAAUAUCAAC